AGAAACCGUUUCCUAGUAACAGAACCCAAACUUUCUGUUCAGACGGUAAACUUAGCUUUGAAUUUUCCUCAGUCAUAAUUCAGCCUGUGAGGCCACAGUACAGGAUGAGUGCUGGACGAGCAUCUGAGGGCGCGGGCUGCAUCACUUGGUGGGGCUUCAGUCCUGCGCGCGACCUGCUGAGAACUGGCCCUGUGAGACUUGAAGGGGAAGUGAAUGUUUUACUGGUUGGCACUGGAGAUCCACGACAUAUUUUGAAGACCAUUGCUGGUGUGCAGAAUGAAGAAAGCCUUCACGUGUGGGUGAUAGAAAACAGCAUGGAGGAGGUAGCCAGACAGCUGCUGCUCCUCUACCUGGCACUGAUGCCCCAGGAAAGCAUGGGAAAUAAUGAGAAGACAGAGGUUUUCCUGGAGGUAUUUGGGAACAGUGAGAUCCGCAGUCAGACUGAAGAGACACUGAGACAUGCAGCAUCACAGCUCUCUGUGUCUGUUACUGAAACACUGGAGACGCCCACACACUCCUGUCUGAACACAACUUUUCUCAAGUUCAAGGAGCGAGACGAACUGGCCAGGAUAUUCAAAUUGUGGAUCCAGCCUCAGUCUUCAGCAUCUUCAUCUGAAUGUCCUGCUCCUAUCAUAAUGUCCAAAGCCUGGGAUUAUCGGGUCAGGCAGCACCUUGGGACACGCUACAACGCCAAGAGGGGCUGCUUUGACUGGGACCUUUCAAUGAAACUGCAUGAGAAAGGGUGUGGCGUCAUCAGCAAACAACAAUAUGUGCGAUGGAGGGAACGGGGUUUGGCUUUCGAAAUGAGGGAGGGCGUCUACCAAAUAACAAAUCCAAGUUUGCUCUCUUCAAGAGUGUUCAGUCAGAAAGGGGACAAAGUAGCUCUCAGGGGCUACUGGGGAGACAUUGUUUCCAGUCCCUACCUCUCCUUUGGCAUUGAAACUGAUGACAAGAGCCUGCUGAAGACACAGAAUGGGCAGCACGUCAAGACAGCCCAGGAUGUCUCCUUUGCAAAUGUACAGGCAUUGUUCUGGUCCCUGUCCAGUAGACGGGGCUGCACCACUACUUCUCAGUCAGACACAGAGGCAGAGGAGCCGUCCCCACAGACAGACCGGAAAUCUGUCACCAUUAAUGACUUGAUGCAUCUGAACGGGAUCUCUGUGACCUUCCUGCCUAUGGGCUCACUUCACAAACUGCCAGAAAAACAGAAAUACUCCCACUUCUUCAACGCCAUCUAUUUCUCUGCCAGCUGCGUACACCAGUUGGGCCCGACGAUAAGACAGAUUGCAGCACCAGACGCUGUGCUCGUCGUGGAGUUGGCCAAGUACAUUUUGGAUCUGAGCAAAGAGCAAGAAGCUGGCUUUGCAAAGAAAGUGGUGAGCAUCGCUCUCCAGGCUGAAUUUGAGCCGUGGCAUGAUGGGAAGAGUGAUGACGUCCAUGCUGUGUUCAUACCACAGAAGAAGUGAAGGUGGUUAAUUUAAGCAGAGCUGUUUACUCUGCUCCGACUGUCAGCAGCCGUACCUUCAAAAUAUGCGACAGAUUGAUAGUCAAGGUGGUGUUGCUUCACAGCAAAGACAUUUUACAAGAUCUUAUGCAGUCAGAAUUUAUUUUUCCUUAAUAAGGGAGUUUACCAGUCAGCGAGUAGCAACUGUGAGUGUUUUGUUUGUAUUGGCUGGGAUUUAUUUCAUGUUUCAAAUUUAAUUUCCAAUUUGAAUGACAAUGAAUGAUAGAAAAUGUUCAGUUUAUGUACACAUGCAUUUUAAUAAUUACAGAUGCAAUUGCAAGUAAAUUUAUUUCAUUCAUUUCACACCUAAAUAUUUAAAUCCCAAUUAGAUAAAGUGAUAAACACUGCAACAAUCUUGUCCUGAAACUA